UCUCUUUCAAUCUGGCUGGCUGCUGUCCUGUCAUCGGUCUGGGUGUGGUUUUUUGCAGCAGGGGUACCGUUAGCAGGAAAUCAAGCUCCCAGUCCCUUUUUACUUAAAGGCGAAACAAAGAAAAAAACACCCCCACAAAGCAGAGGAAUUGGAAAGAAGCUCUUCGUAGUCAAACAAGAAGUAACGCUUGUUCCCUCGCUCCAGGAGGGCGUUUGUUUGGCGAAGGUUUUGUUUGUUCUGAUGGGAAAAAGUUUUCUGUUGGCUUCCUUCACGAGUCAUCUGAUUUAAUAAGUUUAUAUAAAACCUGAGCUGGACGUAAAAGAAAGCAAAGAUGCCGAAAACGAUUAGUGUAAGAGUCACCACAAUGGAUGCUGAGCUGGAGUUUGCCAUUCAGCCGAAUACAACAGGAAAGCAGCUCUUUGACCAGGUUGUGAAGACCAUUGGACUCCGAGAGGUUUGGUACUUUGGACUCCAGUACCAAGAUACAAAGGGUUUCUCUACAUGGCUGAAGCUCAACAAGAAGGUGACAGCCCAGGAUGUGAGGAAGGAAAGCCCGCUGCUGUUUAAGUUCCGAGCCAAGUUCUUCCCUGAGGAUGUUUCAGAGGAGUUAAUCCAGGAUGCUACGCAGCGGCUUUUCUUCCUGCAGGUGAAGGAGGGGAUCCUUAAUGACGACAUCUACUGCCCUCCAGAGACAGCAGUGCUCCUGGCCUCCUACGCCGUGCAGGCCAAGUUCGCCGACUACAACAAGGAAGUCCACACACCAGGCUAUCUGCACGGUGAAAACCUGCUCCCUCAGAGAGUUUUGGAUCAGCAUAAACUUAACAAGGAGCAGUGGGAGGAGAGGAUUCAAGUGUGGCAUGAGGAGCACAAGGGCAUGAUGAGAGAGGAAUCCAUGAUGGAGUAUCUGAAAAUUGCUCAAGACCUGGAGAUGUACGGAGUCAACUACUUCAACAUCAAGAAUAAGAAAGGAACAGAGCUGUGGCUGGGUGUGGAUGCUCUGGGUCUCAACAUUUACGAACAGAACGACAGAAUGACGCCCAAAAUCGGAUUUCCUUGGAGUGAAAUAAGAAACAUUUCCUUCAACGACAAGAAGUUUGUCAUUAAACCAAUUGACAAGAAAUCACCCGACUUUGUAUUCUAUGCUCCAAGACUGCGCAUCAACAAACGCAUCCUGGCUCUGUGCAUGGGCAACCAUGAGCUGUAUAUGCGCCGCCGCAAACCAGACACCAUCGAAGUGCAGCAGAUGAAGGCCCAGGCUCGAGAGGAGAAGAAUCUGAAAAAGAUGGAGAGAGCUCUGUUGGAGAAUGAAAAGAGGAAAAGAGAAGUUGCAGAAAAGGAGAAGGAGAAGAUUGAAAAGGAAAAGGAGGAAUUAAUGGAGCGAUUAAAGCAGAUUGAAGAGCAGACGAAAAAAGCCCAACAAGAGCUGGAGGAGCAGACACAAAGGGCUCUGGAGCUGGAGUUGGAGAGGAAGCGAGCCCAGGAGGAGGCUGAGCGUUUGGAGAAUGACCUGAAAAGUGCCGAGGAUGCAAAGAUGACGCUGCUGCAGCAGUCAGAGAAUCAGAUGAAGAACCAAGAACACCUGGCUACAGAGUUGGCUGAACUGACUUCGAAGAUUUCCUUGCUGGAGGAUGCCAAGAAGAAGAAGGAAGAUGAGGCAGUGCAAUGGCAACAGAAGGCUACCAUGGUGCAGGAAGACCUGGAGAAGACCAAAGAGGAGCUCAAGAAUAAAGUGACGUCAGCUCACGUCCAGGAGCCCCUCAACGCAGAGAACGAGCAUGAUGAGAAUGACGAGAGCAGUGCGGAGGCCAGCGCCGAGUUCACAGCUGCAGCCACAUACAAGGACCGCAGCGAAGAGGAGCGAAUGACCGAGGCCGAAAAGAACGAACGCUUGCAGAAGCAUCUACUUGCUUUAAGCUCAGAGUUGGCAAACGCUCGGGAUGAGAACAAGAAAACGGUGAAUGACAUCAUCCAUGCGGAGAACAUGCGAGCAGGACGUGACAAGUACAAGACCCUCAGACAGAUCCGCUCAGGAAACACCAAACAGCGAAUCGACGAGUUUGAAUGUAUGUGAUGCGAGCAUUCACCGAUGCGAAAGGCCCGCACCGACGGGCCGUGCUGCCUGGACUGUUGUCCUCCCUCAUUCCAGCUGUUUUCUCUGUACCCAAACAUAUCAGAUCCACAACACGAUGCGGCUGCAAAAGCACAGCACAGAGUACAAACAUGGAUCUGGAAAAUUUCCUGUCUUUCAUUUCUAAAUUUAAAUUUAGGCAAGCCACUGGUUGAAAAGGGACGUUUUGACACAUUGAGCAAGAAUUUUGGGUUUCUCUUCACAUUUGUGAUACAGUUUUGUGUCACAGUUUUAAAGAAAAAACUUUGGACAUUAAUCUAUCUUUGACACCACUUUUUAGAUGUACGCAGUUCUUCAUAGACAGUGCUUCUCCUCAUGACGCUUUCCUGUACUUUCAAAGCCAAUUGCACUGUAACAGCAAAUGCAUUUGAUAUAACUCUGGAGUGUCUGUAAGGAGCAUUCAUAGAGCAGUAUUAUUAUUAUAGAUUUACCAUUUAUUUACGUUUUAAUUUGACUGCAUUCACAAUCUGCCAAUCGUAACAAAUCCUUUAGUAUUUACAACCCACCUACAAUGUGAUAAUAAAAAUUUCAUUUUCAUUUUUAGAGGUUUGGUGUGUUUUUUUGUUUUUUUUUUGUUGUUGUUGUUUUUUUUUGUUUUUAAGCCAGUUUACAGAUGCAAUACCUGUCCUCAAGCAAUGAAUGUCCUUAAUCUUCAACUGUAGACAGAAUUAAUUGCCUUUUUGGGAAGUAAUACUAUGCUAGCAACAUAUAUGAAAAAAAAAAUCUCCAUCUGAAUCUGUAAAGACAAGAAGUGAGGUUAAAAUAUUUCCUGUUGUCCAAAUUUGUCAUUGGAAUUGGUCAAUUUGAAUCACUUGAGCACAUUUACAGUUGAUUGUUGUUUUUAAUCAUUUUUAUUUUCACUGAGGAUGUUUAUUUAUCAAAUCAUGUAGUUCUGUAUUUACCCAGUAAACAUGAGGAUUAUCACUGUAACUGUCGCAGGUCUAGUUGACUUUCUUGAACAAAUGCCAUUAAUCUCUUUUGUAAAGGUCAAAGUUGUAGUUCAGUCUUAACUGGUCAGUUGUUUUCUCAUCAGAAGUGUAGUAUUCCCUUUAAACAGUAAAGCGUGUAAAACAAAAUUUCAUUAGACAUGCACUGGAAAGCUAGAGUUUACCUUUUUAAAAAGAACAAGUUAAAACAUACAGUCAGAUGGGCACUUUUUCCAUUUCUGCAUUCAUUUUUGAUAAACUGUAUGUAUUUAAUAACAUUUGUGUACCUUUUUUUGUAAUUGGAAUAUUUCAGAUGUGAUAAAUUAUAUGUGGUAUAAACAGGCACAUCUAAAGAUAUUUUUAUAUAAAAGAAAUCUGAAAAUGCUUGUCAACAACAGCAGUUUUUGUUGAGAAGAAGCAUUUUGAUGACAGUAUUUUGACUGAUUGAAGGAAGGAGCAGUACACCAGAUCCUGUCAUAGGACCAAUGAAAAACCAGAUGAAACUGGAUAUGGUGUGUUGUGCCGUUUUUUUUUUUUUUGGGGAGACCAUGAAAGGAAAUUUUUAAAGCAUGCCAAAAUAAUUUUUGUAUAAAAUUGAGGGGUGGGGAUAGUUCCUGGUGCCACUGUUUCACAUUUAAUUAUUCUGUUAAGACAUGUGGAGAAUCUUGCUUGUUCAUAGAUUUUUCUUUUUUAGGAAUUAGUUUUUGAAAGAUUUAUUUACACUAUUUUGCAAGUAUAAAAAUGUAUUUUAGUGAUAAAUAUUUCUGGUGACUUGA